AUGACCGGCCGGGACGAGCUAUCCGACGGGCGCACUAGCAGCAGGGCGCUGGUGCCUGGCGGUUCCCCCAGGGAUGAGGACAGCCCGUCUGAAGACAGGAAUGACCUAAAGGCAUCCCCCACCCUGGGCAAGAGGAAGAAGCGGCGGCACAGGACAGUUUUCACUGCUCACCAGCUGGAAGAGCUGGAGAAGGCGUUCAGCGAGGCCCACUACCCUGAUGUGUAUGCCCGAGAAAUGCUGGCUGUGAAAACUGAGCUCCCUGAAGACCGGAUACAGGUCUGGUUUCAAAACCGCAGGGCCAAGUGGCGGAAGCGGGAGAAGCGCUGGGGCGGCAGCAGCGUGAUGGCCGAGUACGGGCUGUACGGGGCGAUGGUGCGCCACUGCAUCCCGCUGCCCGACUCCGUGCUCAACUCCGCCGAGGGUGGCCUGCUGGGCUCCUGCGCGCCCUGGCUCCUGGGGAUGCAUAAAAAAUCCAUGGGGAUGAUAAGGAAGCCAGGAAGUGAAGAUAAGUUGGCAGGACUCUGGGGCUCUGACCACUUCAAAGAAGGUUCUAGCCAGAGUGAGUCAGGACCACAGAGAGGCUCGGAUAAAGUGAGCCCUGAGCAUGGCUUGGAAGAUGUGGCUAUCGACCUCUCCAGCUCUGCCCGGCAGGAGACCAAGAAAGUGCACCGUGGGGCUGGUGCUCAAGGAGGCUCCAACUCCAUGGCACUGGAGGGGCCCCAGCCAGGGAAAGUGGGAGCCAUAUGA